AUGGCGGCCCCACAAUCUCGCGCCUGGCGUUCGUGUCUGGCCCUGCUUGUCCUGGCGUGCCUGCUGGCUCUGGCCGCGAUGACGCCGAGCGUCGCGGCCCUGCCGCCUGCCGCGGCUGACCCCCCGGCCGAAGAGGAGUUCAACAUUUUCAGCAAUUGCAUCGGCAAGAACCCGGUCACCGGUGCGAAGAUCGAUCUGAACCCCCUGUACAACUCCAAGGUCGACUAUACGGCGGCUUCGGUGAGCUUCCCGGACUUCGCCUAUCGGCUGAAUGUCUGCGGCCCGAUGGUUGACAAGAAGGUCUGCCGUGAUGCGGUGGGCAGCCUGGCCGACCCGGCCGUUUGUGAAUACCAUACAGAUGGCGGGUCCGGCUGGACCCUGGUCACGGCCAACACCGAUGUCGGCUUCACCGAGGCCGGCAACCCGACCAUGUUCUUCCGCCACCCGACCGGCCUCUACUCGGCCAAUGUCACCAUGAUCUGCAAGAGCAGCGCCGGCGUCGGCCAGCCCGUGCAUGUCAACCUGGACCCGAUCAACACCGAGCUCGCCUACUUUGUCUGGGAGACCAAGUAUGCCUGCGCGGGCAGCAGUGGCGGCAUCAGCGGUGGCGGCAUCUUCCUGAUCAUCCUCUUCGUCCCGCUGGCCCUCUACCUGAUCGGUGGCGUCCUCUACAACAAGUUCAAGCUCCAGCUGACGGGUAUGGAGCUCAUCCCGAACGUCGAGUUCUGGACCAACGGCUACCAUCUCUUCAUCGAUGGCUGCCGCUUCACCUACCAAAAGGUCGUUGUCCGCGGCGAGUGA